CUAGUCACCAAAAAAAAUCAAAAUUCUAAUUUUAUCCUAAUCUAACCCUAGCCGGACCGCUGCCUCAUCCACCGCCAUCCUCUUUCUCUACGCACAACACAGCGGCUCCAGCAAACAAAAGAAAAAAAAAGAAAGGGUAAAUAGAAACAGGGGAAGGAGAGAAGAGAGGGAGUGCCGAGGGAGUGAGGGAGAAGAGUAGAGAGAGGAGCCGCGUCCAGAGUCGCGCCGCCUUGCCGCCAAGUCACCACGCCGUCGCGCUGAGGGAGAAAGCUUGCGGGAAGGAAGAAGACGCCGUCGAGCUGCUUCCCGUUGCCGCCGAUUCGUCAGCGAGUCACCGCGAAGAGAGAGAGACGCGCAGGAGGAAGGGAGUAUCGCGGAGGAGGAGGCACCGUGUGCUAUCGCCGAAGCCGCCUUCGCAUUGCGGUGGCCUGGGCUGUCCCCGGAGGGAGCCACUGAUCCCCCAUCGCCGCCGCUGCUGAGGAGCUCGAGGAGAGAGAGACAGCUUGCAGAGGAGAGAGAAAACGCGAUUGGGGCUCCGCUGCUGCUGCUGCCGUGGUUGUUACCGCCGUACAUGGUCGCCGGGAGCAGCGUUUACGCCGUCGGAGUUUGCUGCUGGUGCUGCGGCUGCUCCGUGCCUGAUUUCUUUCUGGAUGCUUCUCCGACGAACUACCACCCUCAUCAACAACCACCGCCUCCUUACAACAAUCGCCACAACAGGCAACAACCCCAUUACUCCGGUGAACCAGGACCAGCUCCGCCGAGUCUGCACUAUCUUGUAUCAGCAACAAAACAUGCCCGAGUCACGCCUCAACUCGAAACUCGCCUCCACUGAGUUCCAACUCACCCACGAGUUCUUCCUUCAAGUUUGCAACACCUUCCCCUAUUCAUGGAGACCUGUUUACCGCUUCUUCCAAUACACACAGCAACAAAACCCCACUUUCCCUCACACCAUUGUGUCCUUCAACAAGAUGCUCGACGUAAUUGGAAAGUCUCGUAACAUUGACCUCUUUUGGAGCCUUCUUUCUGAUAUGGCACGACGUUGUUUUGUUGACGAUAAGACCUUCAUUAUAGCCCUCAAGACUUUGGGUGGUGCUAGGGAAUUGAAGAAAUGUGUUGAGGUAUUCCACUUGAUGAAUGAAAAUGGGUUUGGCUACAAUCUGGAGACACUAAACAAGGUUGUUGGAGCAAUGUGUGGUUGCAAGCUUGUUGAUGAGGCUAAGCAUGUUGUCUUGAAGUUGAGGGAUUUGGUUAACCCUGAUGCAGUUACUUAUAGGAUCUUGAUUGAGGGUUAUUGUGAUAAGGGUGAAUUGAUUGAGGCUUCAAAGGUUUGGAAUUUGAUGAUGGAUGAUGGGGUUAGGCCUGAGUUGGAAGCUUUUGAGAAAAUGAUGGAGAUUUUUUUCAAGAAGGAUAUGUGUGGCGAGGCGUUGAAGCUCUUCCGGACAAUAAGGUUUAAGAGGAUGGACGAGCUCCGGGAUUCGAGUUAUAAGUUGGUGAUCAAAUGGUUGUGUAGGAAAGGGAUGAUGUGUGAUGCACAAGAGGUGUUUGAUGAAAUGCGUAGUCGAGGGAUUCAAGUUGAUAACUUGACUCUGGGAUCUGUGGUUUACGGACUUGUCUCAAGACAUAGGGUUAGGGAGGCUUAUCAGGUUGUGAAGGAGAUUGAUUCACCGGAUAUAAGUGUAUAUCACGGAUUGAUCAAAGGGCUUGUGAGGUUGAGGCGGGCCAGUGAGGCGACUGAAGUGUUUAGGGAAAUGAUUAGGAGAGGUUGUGAACCAACAAUGCAUACCUAUAUAAUGUUGUUGCAAGGGCAUUUGGGGAGGAGAGGUAGGAAGGGGUCUGAUCCACUUAUCAAUUUUGACACUAUCUUUGUUGGUGGUUUGGUGAAGGUGGGAAAAUCGAAAGAAGCUGGAAAGUAUGUGGAGAGGGUGAUGAACAGAGGGCUUGAGGUGCCAAGGUUUGAUUACAAUAAAUUCUUGCACCACUUUUCAAAUGAGGAAGGUGUGGUUAUGUUUGAGGAGAUGGGGAAGAAGUUGAGAGAGGUCGGUUUGGUUGACUUGGCAGACAUAUUUGAGAGAUAUGGACAAAAGAUGGCUACUAGGGAUAGGAGAAGGAACAGAUUUCCAAUAUCAGAAGACACUAAGGAUGUGUAAAUCUAAUUGUUAAACAAAUUGGCAAAUGAAUGAAAACUGGAAAAUAUUGUGUGUACAUCCAGCACUGUGAUACAGUGCCAUCUUACUCUCCAUCCAGCAUUGGUAAUUGGUAUAUAGCAUAGCCCUUUAAAAUUAUAUAUCUGUAUUAUAAUUGUUUUUCAGAGUUAUUGACAAACUACUACUUUCUUUUUCUCUUAAAUUAUCUGCACCUCUCUAUGAACCCAUAAUUUAGAAGUAAUCAUUCAAGGAAAAGUUUGUGCAAUUACUGCUUCUAAGGUAAUGAACUGUUAUUAUUCUCUUGAGCAAUAUAUUUGUUUCUGUUGUUGCCCAUUUAUUACAGAUGCUUUCAACUUGUUAUCUUCUCUUCAUAAUCACAAUUACAGUAUGUUGGCAGUUUUUUUUUUUUUAACUCUGGAGUAUGAGCUAAUGAAUCAUUAUUUUUUUCUGCAUGUUUGAUUCCUCUAAAUCUAACAACUUGAAAGUGAACACAUUAAAAAAUGGAAAAUUGUCUAAGUUGAAUCUAUUUCUAGAUUAAGAGAAUGCAAUUGACACAUUAAGACUUAGUUUCAUGAAAGGGUGCAUAGUGCUCACUGCUCCUUGUCCUAGUAUGUGUUAAGAUUAUCUUUAUGCAUGUUCCAUUAUUCCAUUCUAUUCUGUCUGGGUGUUUAACAUAUACAUAGCUUUAAUGAGGACUUCUCUACAGAAAAUAAAAAGACGAUUAUUGGCAUCUUACGUUGGUUUUGUGAACUGAAAAAGUGUGCUGUCUGGAGCAUUUUGCAAGCUUUCUAUUUUAAAAUGUGCUGAAUAGACAUCUUGGAUCUCAUAUGGGCUUGUCUGAAGAUACAGAAUUUGGUUUUCUUUGUACCAUUGAUUUGCUGCAUACUUGCAUGAAGACUCAACUAAGUUGCUUGGAAUGAGUGGCUUAUCUAUGCUUCCUUUGAAACUGUCAUCAAACAAAGAAUGUUAUGAGGCAAAAGUCGGUUCAACUCCUUGUCAUGUAUAAUUUGCCCUGUAAUUCAAGCUUAUAGAAGAUGGCUGAGAUCAAACCUUAGAUUGUUAUUGGUUUUGUCAUCAAGAAUGUGCAAAAUUGUGAUUCACACAUUCUUGUACAAAUGAUUGAAAUGACAAAAGGACAAUCAUGCAACACAUUUGGCAAAAUCAGAGUGGAGCAAGGAUAAUUCAUCAACGGUCAUGAGAGAAGAUUCUCCUGCGUCGUCUCAAUUUUGGAAAAUUGGCAUUCACCAUGAUCUUGAAGCUUUAAGGAUAGGUUGGUGAUUUUGGACUCCUAGAAGUGCAAUCAAAGCUCGGAAGUGAGGUAGGGAUUUAAAUUAAAAAUUGUUUAGUUUUUUUGCCAAAAAAUCAAAGGACCUCAACUUGCCAAAAUUGAUGAAAUUGAAUGUGAGUUAUGAUGUUGGUGAUGACCUGAUGGAAUAUGAGUUGUUCGAAUCAUGCGUAGAUACUUUUUUUUUUCUUUCCUUCUGCAACCAAAAUAAGUCUUAAGACUUGUGAGCAACGAAAGAAGUUAGUGUCUAGAUUUAAUUUCAAAAUUGUUUCUGGGGUCUAAGCUAAGAGAGUAUGUAGGCUUCAUCUUUAUUUUUGAAAACAGUUUUCAGAUCCUUAAAGAAUAAAACAAGCAGCAAUAAGGAGAUAAGAGUUUAUAUUCA